AUGGUCCAAACCCCAGAGAGGAAACCGGCUUUUCUCCGGAAAGAGGCAAGCUGGCGCAGAAUGCUGGUUCGUCAACCCCCGGUCUUCAGCGCCAUUCUAAACAGAGUGAAUCACGGCCAGAUGGGCGAUAGGCGCCACAAUUAUGUGAUCCGAACUAAUUCAGUGCCCACAAAGGAGAAGAAGAAAGAUCCCUCGGAAGAGAAGGAUGGCUUGCGUAUGGAGACCCUAUUUGAGGUGUUACUCUUCCAUGAGAGCAUCACCUUCCAGCCAUUUACCUCCACACGGAUGAUCUGGGCAGGUGCACCUCAUUCUUUACUAUCUUCCAAGAAGAGAUUUCUACCUGGCUCAUCACAGGGUAGUGACCAGAAUACUUCCGAGGAAUGGGAUUUGGUGGUAUAUAAUAGGAAGAUCAUGCAGUGUCGCAUUGACAUGUAUACAAAGGAGACCACAGAAGAAGCUCUGAGAAAUGAGAUCGCUACCAUGUACAAAGCGGCGGCUGGUUGA